AGACAUUGUACGUGCACUUAUGUAAUCAAGUACCUGAAAACCACCUCAUCCUUUUACAAAUAUGAGGUACCGAGUCGAGAGCCUGUUUCCAGAGCCAACACCUCUGCACCAAAUGUAUUCUGGAGUUGAAAAAAUGGCUAAAAAAAAUUGGUCGAUUUUCUCAGUUAAACUCAAGUAUACCCUCCCAGCCAAUGUUGUCUCGCCAUUCAACCCUUGGCAUACCCCAUUCUGUGCGGAGGCAUGUUUGUUCUCAGUUGACAUCUCCAACGUUCUCAAUUGCAAUUAGGCACCAUUCGCAUAGCCAUCAGGAUCACACACACUCCCAUAGCCAUUCACAUACUCAUACUUCCGGCACCCAGCAGCAGGCCCAACAGACCAAGAAGUCGGGAUUCUCGCUGCUGAGCAAUUUUGUGCGGGGAUCGAAGUUUCUGGUUUCGUCAUCCAUCGUGCUUCUUGCUCUCGGAGUUUCGUCUGUGUCGCUGUAUCUGGUGUUCAGCGAGCUUUUCUCUCCAUCUGGUGAGACGUCAACCUUUAACAGAGUAGUUUCGAUGAUUGAGAAAAAUGAAGAGGCGCUGAAGUUGCUUGGGUACUCGAAAGAAGAGAUUGAAAGCGGCAAACACAUCAGACUCAAAGCAUACGGUUACGCGGCCGGAGACAAGUGGACCAGAAACAGACCAAUUCAGGCUACCAAGUACCUAGCCAAGGACAACAAGGAGCACAUGUUGAUGAAAUUUUUCGUUGAGAGCGACUACAAAAUUGCCGUUGUUCAAUUGGAAGCCAUUGAGGAGAAUUUUGUUGAGCAGCAGCUUGUGUACGUGGCGAUGGACGUGAAAGGAGAGAAACGGUUCUAUUUGGUUGGAGGCCCAAAAUCCAGCCUCGUGAACAAAAGACUGGGUCUGAUGAACGAGUCGGGAUUCCUUGGAGUGAAAUGGGGAAAUAAAAAAGAGUGAAUGGUAACGAGCUUAGCAAUCCUGUCAAAUAGACAUUAUGACCAAUAUCAGCAACAUAUUCAGAACACCUGUAGAACUUGUCCUUCCAGCAGAGUUCACAAACGUAGUCUCGAAUUCAUUGUCAAUGUCCUCGUUGACCAUGUCUCUUUCGCCUGACGUGAUCUUUUUUCUUUCUCUGCCAAUUAAGUAUCGAUUCCAAUCGUCCAUGAUUUCCUGUCUGCAUGACUUGCCGUUGUAGUCGUAGAGCGACUGGUGAUUUUCAACGGAAUAGUUGUGUGUGAUCAGCUUGCCGAAGCCACCCGCGUGGCAGAACGAAGCCUGGUUGCCGUUGUACGAGUAGUACAAAUUUAAAGCUAUUGAGUGUCUUUGGAGUCUUGUGCAACUGGCAAAGAUGCCGUAGCGUCCUUGUUUGACGUCGUUCUCUAUCGACCCGCAAUAAACCGUGUCGCAAAGACGUUCCAGCUCGUUGAAUUCCUGGUGCACCUUCUUUGGGUUUAUCAUGCAGCGAAGCGCCGACAUUAUACAGUCGCAUCUCGAGGCUCUUGGCGUGUGUGGAAGAGACGAGGUGCAAAUGGACAUUUCCUCAGGACAUGGGUCCGAUCGCGAGCUGGGGAAACUUAGCCCGUGGUUGGAGAAGUAGAAGUCCACGGGGUAUAGCGUGUUACACGCAAGAUACUGGUCGACAGUUGUAUUGAGGUGGGAAUCAAGCUCCAGACCGAUGGGGAUGUAUCUCAUUCGAUUGCGCACAAGGUACUUCUUCAUGUCUCGCACAGCAGCUUUGAAGAAGGGUAGAUUGUGCUCUUCCAAAGAAGCCUCAAUGACAAAUCCCACGAGAGUGGGGAAGAAAUGUGCGUUGUCUAUUAUCGUGGUGAAAUCCUCAUAUAACUGUGUGUCCCAUGUUGAAUUAGCAAUCGUGCCUAGUUUGACCACAAAAUAUCCCUGCUGCUGGGAUUGUAUCAUCUUGCGGCCAAGAUCCAGCACUGUUUUCUGGUCCAGCAUAGGGACCAAUUCGGGCGGAUUAAAUCUGGAUCCGUUGGAGGAGUACACCAUUGUUCGGUUGUGGAUUUCUAUGGCGGGUGUGU